AAAUGACAAUAAAGAUAUACAAUCCAAUACAAUACAAUCAAUCUAUCUCUGCCUUAAACUAUCCACUGACUUGUCCUCCACAGCCUUCUGUGGCAAAUAAUUCCACAGAUUCACCGUGUGCCUAGCUAAAAGCUUCUUGGACGGCACUAUCAUAUCUGUCUCCAGCACCACCCCUGGCAAUGCAUUCCAGGCCCCCACCACUCUUGCGCCCCGUGCAACAUUAAACUUUCCCUCUCUCACUUUAUAGCUAUUCCCUCUAGUGUAGGACACCAAAAGCUUCUGUCUGCCCUAUUUGCCUCUCAUUAUUUUAUAUACCUUCAUUAAGUCUGCCAUCAACCCCUGACGUUCCAGAGAAAACAAUUUGUUUAUUCAAAUUGUAACUGAUACGCUCUAAUCCAGGCAGCAAUCUGGUGAACCUCUCCGUCCUCUGCAAAGCCUCAACACAUCCUUCCUGUAAUGGGGUGACCAGAACUGCACGCAAUACUCCAAAUGUGGUCCAACCAAAGUCUUAUAGAGCUGCAUCAUAGGACUGUAAUGGAAGAAACUGUGUGGGGAUUAGUCUGUUCACAAACUUGUUGUUUGAUAAUGCAAUGUGACGUCAAUUAAAAUAUAAUGUGCAAAUGCUUUAUUAUUUUUUCUCUGCAGGUUCUACUCUGCAUGUGUUGUUCUUGGAUUGCAGUUUCUACAUGACAACAAAAUUGUGUACAGAGACCUGAAGCUCGACAACUUGCUCUUGGACACACAGGGUUAUGUGAAAAUUGCUGAUUUUGGACUCUGCAAGGAAGGUAUGGGCUAUGGAGAACGGACAAGCACCUUCUGCGGGACACCUGAGUUCCUUGCUCCUGAGGUUCUGACAGACACAUCGUACACAAGGGCAGUGGACUGGUGGGGACUCGGUGUCCUUAUCUAUGAGAUGUUGGUGGGAGAGUCACCGUUCCCUGGAGAUGAUGAAGAGGAGGUGUUUGACAGUAUUGUCAAUGAUGAGGUGCGAUACCCCAGGUUCCUGUCUUCAGAAGCCAUUGCCAUAAUGAGAAGGCUGCUACGCAGGAACCCGGAACGUCGGCUAGGAUCCAGUGAACGAGACGCAGAAGAAGUGAAGAAACAGCCGUUCUUCAAGGAAAUAGAUUGGGAAGGCUUGCUGGCAAAGAAAGUGAAGCCGCCUUUCGUCCCCACCAUCAAGGAUCGGGAAGAUGUCAGCAAUUUUGAUGAGGAGUUUACGGCCGAAGAAGCGAAACUGACCCCUCCAAGGGAGCCCCGGAUUCUCAGCGAGAACGAGCAGCUCAUGUUCAGCGACUUUGAUUACGUCUCUGAUAACUGUUAAUGUUAAGUGGCCUCCUUGUUCCAAACCAUGUGAGAGACUGGUUUCAUAUUUACAAAGCGUUAAGCCUUAAAAACAGCGGCAAUGCGAGAGCUCCGGGUGCAAUUAUAUGCCUUUUUAAAAAAAUAUAUAUAUAUAUAUAUGUGUGUGUGUGUGUAUA